AUGCUCCAGGACCCAAGAGCUGAAACUACUGAAACUCCUGAAGCCGAACUAGAGCCUGUGCUCUGCAACAAGAGAGGCCACUGCAAUGAGAAGCCUGUACACAGCAACCGAGACCCAGCACAGCCAAAAGUAAAUAAAAAUGUAAAUACUAAUGCUUUCUUUUGGCACCUCUGUGAAUAUCUUGUGUCUGAGGGGUGCACACCUCUCUUCAGAGACCAGGAUAUAUCAAGAAACAGAAUUGCUGGGUUGAAGGGCAUGAGCCUUGCUGGCUACCACCAUAUUGCUCUCCCAAGCGCUUGUCCCAGUUUACAUUCCCUUGCCUUCAUGUUUUUACUAAAACUUGCUUUUAAUAUAGUUUAA